AUGGCUGCGAACGCGCAACAGCAACAGAUCGUAGUUCCAGACCGUCCACAUUUCCAAAGCUCCGACUCGCAUAUCAACUUGGGCAACAUCAUCGACAUGAAUAAGCUCCUCAAGAUUACUGUCUCCAAUGGUCUUAAAGCUAUCCCAACGGUCGGCUCACUGCUGGGAGGCCUCAUUACGGCGCUUUGGCCGGAUCCACGCAAGCCCAGCCUGCGAUGGGACGAAAUUGACGGGAACGUGCGGAUGAUUGUCAAGGGUCUUUUAAACGACGACAAGGUCCGCGAUCUCCGGCAAAGGAUCAACUCUCUCCAGGACCUAAUCAAUAAUUACAACCAGACGCCUUAUGGGAUUAGCCAAAAAGGCGAGCGGUUCACGUUCAUCCUCAGCUGGCUCACCAUCAUCCGGCGCGAGUUCACCGAGAACGGCACCCCUUGGCUCACGCUCCAGUUUUUUAUCCCAAUGGCCACGCUCCAUCUCGGCUUCCUCCGCGAGCAACUCCUGCACUGGGACCAAAUCUACCCCAACCAACCCGCCGAUACAGACCGUCUCCGCCGGGAACUCAGAGAUGCCAUCACCAUCUACACCACCGCAGCCGACGGUAUCCGCGAGAGAUGUCUAACGUGGCGUCUGGACGAGCGAAUUGUGGUGACGGAGAGAAAAGUCAAGAGCCGGCACCGCAUACUUGGUUCUACCUACCACAAAUUCGUACGCGACCUCGAAACCCAGUUCUCGCAUGAGAUCAUAUGGGGUCCAGAGUUCGGCCCGGGCCGAGGGUAUUCCCCUGACCUGGAAGCGGAGAGAUAUGCUCAAGAUCUGCGUGACGCGGCCGGGGCUGUCUAUCGACAGCAGAUUGACGACAUCCUCGCGCCGUCACUGCAGUGGCCGCAGUUUGAUCGGGAGGGGGCGUACGACCCUAUCAAUCGAGAUAUCAUGGCCGGCACGACGGGUCCUAUGGGCUCCGGCAUCUCGCAUUGUAUGAACCACUUUAACGAUCGCGAGUUCGCGAGGAAGCAUGGGCGUAUCACCAAGGUUGUGAUUCAUGCUUGGGCCCGCGUCGACGGAUUCGAGAUCUGGUACGGCGGUGUCAGUAGCGGUCUUCGUGGCAUGUGCGGUGGCACGCCAAGGGUGCUGGAGGUUGGCGAAGGGCAGUCGAUUGUUUGCAUAUCGGGUCGCGUGGGGGUUUACCUAGACUCGAUCCGUUUCUUUUUGAGUCCCGAGACGCAGAUCCAGGGUGGGCAGGGUGAAGAUAAUUUCCGAAUCGGGUUCCCAGAGGAUGGGCCAGGGGAUGAACCAGACACGUUCCGCUUGCAGUAUGUCUAUGGUUGGUCGAACAACAGCUCGGGGUAUAUCGAGGGCUUUGGGGCAGCAUUCCACCAGGUUGAGAUUGUGUGA